CUGCUGGGACUCUAAGUGUGUGUGUGUUUACUACGGUAUGAACAGAGAGAAGAAUGAAAGAGGGACAGAGACAGAGAGCAGAAAUAAGAGCUGCAGUUGGAACAUUAGAGACGGGAGGAGCCAACCAGGCUGAAGAUAUAAACCAAGCCUUUAGAAUAUUCAAAAUGAAAUACCGUGAAGAGAGACAAGGAGAAGCAGACGACGAAAGACUUAACCAGAAAGACAGACUGACUGGUUAGAGAGACAGACUGGUCAGAGACAGACAGACAGACAGUGAGGGCAGGUGAGACAGGUGGAUGGCGAGGACAGACAGCUCCAGAGAAAUGACCUUGUUUGAGAUGUGGAACCACAGGAAGGAGAGAGGAGAGCUGCUGCAGAGAGCCAAUCAGCUGAGACUUGGUCCUUCACAGCUGACGCAGUUGCUAGGUGACAGUGGAGUCCGGGCGGCGCUGCAGAACACCAGGACGGCAUCUCUGCUGCCACCGGUUGGUACGGAGGUCUUCAGACGCCUGACGCCGGCUUCACUGGCACAGAUACAACAAGGCCUAGAUGCCAGAGAGGAGGAGAAAAACAAAGAGGUAGCGAAGGAUGACCCACCCAAACCUACCAGGGACCUAGAGGCCGGGAAGCCCCUCCCAUUCAUCUACAGAGACCCGCCCCCUGAGCUACUGAACACCGCUUUGCAGGAGCUGGAUCCCUUCUACCAAUCACAGAAGACGUUCAUCGUGAUUGGUAGAGGAAACAUUAUCCACAGGUUUAACGCUGAGUCAUCCUGUUUUCUGCUGAGUCCGUUUAGCCCGCUGAGGACCUUCGCCAUUAAGAUCCUCAUCCACUCUGUUUUCCGUUUUUUCAUCAUGGCGACGAUUCUGACCAACUGUGUGUUCAUGACGAUGAUUAAUCCUCCAGCGUGGUUCAAGACUCUGGACCAUGUGUUCACUGCUGUCUACACGUUUGAAGCCGUCAUCAAGGUGGCGUCCCGAGGCUUCUGUUUGGGGAAGUUCAGCUUCCUCCGAGAUCCCUGGAACUGGCUGGAUGUCCUGGUCAUCCUCUCGGCGUGUGUGGAAGAGUUUGUUUAUUUAGGGAUAUCUCCAAUUUUUCGAAUCCUGAAGAUCAUCCCACUUAUUCCAGGUCUGAAGAAGACUGUCAGAGAUCUCGCCCAAUCAGUGAAGAGACUCGCUGGCGUCAUUGGCCUGAUGGUGUUCUGCCUCAUCUUCUUCGCUCUGAUUGGUCAGCAGCUCUUCAUGGGAGCUCUGAUGAACAAAUGUGUCAUGUGGACUCUGGCCACCAACUCAGGAAACACCGAGUUCGAUUUCAACGAAUUCAAGAUCAACCAAUCAAACCAUUACUACCUGCCUGGUGAAUGUUAUGCUCUGCGGUGUGGAAACAGCUCUGAUGCAGGGCGCUGUCCAGAAGGUUUCACCUGUCUGAGGGCUGGGAGUAACCCAAACUAUGGCUACACCAGCUUCGACUCGUUUGGUUGGUCUCUGCUGUCUAUGAUCCGCCUGAUGAGCAAAGACUUCUGGGAAAACCUGGUGCACCUGCUGUUACGAGCAGCAGGUAAAUUUGCCGUGAUCUUAUUCGUGGUCUUGGUCUUCCCCGGCUGCUUCUGCGUCCUUAGCCUGGCUGUGGCGGUGGUUGCCAUGGCGUGCAGUGAAGCCGGCGUCUCCGAGGCCACAGACAGAGAAGAAGAGUUCAGUCGGAUCGUUGCUGUGCUGAAGAGGAGAGAGGAAGAAGAAGAUGGGAGGGAAGCCUGCAGGGCGGCGCUCUCAGAGGAUCAGGAAAAUAACAUGGAAGGUGUGGAUGAGAAACAGAGGACAUGUCCUCCAUGUUGGUUUGUCUUUGCCAACUUCCUGUUGAAGUGGAACUGUUGUGGCUGUUGGCGGUGGCUCAAACAGCGUCUCUACGCCUUCGUCACCAACCCAUUCUUCGACCUCGGCAUCGUUGUCUGCAUCGUCCUCAACACUGUCUUCAUGUCCCUGGAUCAUUAUCCAAUGACAGAGAAGUUUUGGCAGAUUCUGGUUGAAGCAAAUCUGGUCUUUUCAGCGAUCUUUGCAGCUGAGAUGGUCUUAAAGCUGGUGGCCAUGGACCCAUACGGAUACUUCCAGGUGGGCUGGAAUAUCUUCGACAGCAUCCUUGUCGUCUUGAGUCUGCUGGAACUGUUCUUUGUUGUAGAUUGUCCUUUUUUAAUUCUGCGAGUGUUGCGGCUGGCCCGCUGGUGGCCAUCCCUCCACAUGUUGAUGAAGGUCGUCUGGAGGUCGCUGAGCGCUCUGAGAUACCUGACGCUCCUCCUCUUCAUCACGAUCUUCCUCUUCUCCGUGGUCGGCAUGGAGAUGUUCCAUGACGGGUACGGACGCAACUUCUGCAAAAUCUCGUUGGACCGCCAGCUCCCCCGCAGGCACAUGGCGGACUUCUUCCACGCCGUCCUGGUAGUCAUCCAGGCCGUGGGUGGGACGUGGGUGGAGGCCAUGUGGGACUGCAUGGAGGUCUCUGGGGAGACCACCUGUCUCCUGUUCUUCAUGAUGCUUCUGCCCAUCGCUAACCUGCUGGUGCUGUAUCUGUUCCUGACGUUGUUGCUGAGCUCGUUCGAUCAUCCAGCAUCUCCGGAAGAAAAAGAAAAGAACAACCUGCACAUUGCCCUGAACCGGAUACGCAGCGCUGUUCGGACUCUCUUGGGAAAGAAGACCCCCAUCAACCCAGAACACACGGCGGUCGACAGUAAGGAUCACCUGGCUUUGACUGUUGUGACCUCAGACCAGACGGGGUCAAAGGUCAAGACCCUCACCAUCGCCAACACUGCAAAGAUGCCUGAGAAAGAACAAGAGAAAAAGAAACAUCCUGAAGAUGAUGAUCGAGGAAACAGACCUGAGGACUGCUGCAGUGACAAGUGUCUCCGUUGCUGUCCCUUCCUGGACAUAGACACGUCCCGGGGCUCAGGGAGGAUCUGGUCUAACUUCAGGAGAGCCUGUUUCUGCAUCGUACGACACAAAUGCUUCGACAACUUCAUCAUCCUCAUCAUCCUGCUGAGCAGCGCCACUCUGGUGUUUGAGGACAUCCACCUCCACCACCGUCCGGUCCUGCAGACAGUGGUGCAGCGAGUGGAGCAGGUGACCACCAUCCUGUUCCUGAUGGAGAUGCUUCUGAAGUGGAUCGCCUUCGGACUGAAGAAAUACUUCAGCAACGGCUGGUGCUGGCUCGACUUCCUCGUCUUACAGGUGUCUCUGGUGUCUCAGGCAGCCGCCAUGAUUGGAUAUACUGACCUGGAACGUGUAUCCCUAAGAGCUCUGGGACCAUGGAGGGCCCUGUCUCGUUUCCAGGGCCCAAAGGUGGUGGUUCAGACUCUGGUCCGGUCUGUCUCGUCUGUCUUCAGCGUGCUGCCGGUCGUCCUGGUCGUCUGGUUGAUCUUCUGCGUUUGCGGAAUGGAUUUCUUUGGUGGAAGGUUUUAUUUCUGUUUCAACGAGACGUCAGGGGAAAUAUUCUCACGCAACAUGGUGAACAACAAGUCUGAGUGUUUUGAUCUGGUGAUGCAGAACUACAGCGAGGUCCUCUGGAAGAACCAGAAACUCAACUACGACAACGUGGGGAGCGGCUUCCUGUCACUGCUGCACCUGGCGGCUUCGGCAUACAGUCCGAACAUCAUAAACUCAGCCGUGGACGCCAGGAUGGUGGAGUCUCAGCCCAUCUAUGAGUCCAACCCGUACAUGCAUCUGUACUUCAUCUGUUUCUUCAUCUUCGGCUGCUUCUUCACCUUCAUCCUCUUCAUCGGAGUCAUCAUCAACAGGCUGCAAAGUGACAAGUCGGCAGGGAUACCCAUCUUCAUGACAGCAGAGGAGCAGAAAGUAAUGAAGAGACUUGUGAUGAAACCUCAGAAACCUGUUCCCCGACCUCAGAACCAGUUCCAGGCUCGGUUAUUUGACCUAGUGACUUUGCGGUGGUUCGGCGUCUUCAUGGCGACGGUGAUCUGCCUGAACAUGGUGGUUCUGAUGAUGGAGACGGAUGACCAGAGCAUGGAGAUGGAGAUCAUCCUGUAUUGGUUCCACUUCCUCUUCAUCAUCCUCUUCUUGGUUGAGUUUAUUCUGAAGAUCGUGGGGCUCAGACGCCACUAUUUCACCGAUGGCUGGAACAUUCUGGACUUCGUGGUGCUCAUCGUGUCCAUCAUGGGUAUUUUCUUAAGCGACAUCAUGUGGAUAUACUCCUUGCCGGUCCCUCUUUUCCUUGUGCUCCGAAUGCUUCGUGUCCUCCGAGUCCUCUCUAUCUUCCGCUACGCUCAGGGAACCAGGAAGCUGCUUCUGUCCCUCGUGAUGUCAUUUCCUGCCCUGUUCAACAUCGGCAUCGUCCUCGUCAUCAUCACCUUCUCGUCCUCCGUGUUUGGCAUGUUAACUUUUGGCUUUGUGAAGCGGGAGGCCAUGAUAGACGACAUCUUUAACUUUGAGACGUUUGUGAGCAGCGUGCUCUGCGUGUUUACGAUCAGCACUUCAGCGUCCUGGGGGGGUCUGCUGAGGCCCCUCCUGAACUGGCCGCCGGACUGCGACCCCUUGAUGGAGCACCCGGGGUUCCCGGUGAUCGGUAACUGCAGCUACCCACCGCUCGCCAUCGCCUUCUUCGUCAGCCACCUGUUCUUGUGCUUCCUGCUGCUGGUCCACCUGUACAUCGCUGUUGUCAUGGAGACGCUCGGCUCAGACGACGACGAGCAGCUGAGUGAGGACGACCUGCAGAUGUUUCAUAACACCUGGAGGGAGUUUGACCCCGAAGCCUCGCAGGUCAUACAGUACAGUCAGCUGUCAGAUUUCUGCGAUGCUCUGCAGGAUCCUCUGAGGAUUCCUAAACCAAACUCCGUCAGACUGAUCCACAUGGAUCUGCCUCUACUUCCCGGAGACAGAAUCCGCUGCGUGGACGUUCUGCUGGCUCUCGCCUCACAGGUGGUCGGUGACUCAGAAAAGAUGAACGCUCUCAAAGCCAAAAUGGAGGAAAGAUUCAACCCGUCUAAGGUGUCGUGUGAACCAAUCAGCAGCACCCUGCAGAGGAAACAGGAAGUCGUGGCGGCCACAGUGAUCCAGAAGGCCUACAGGAAGCACGUCCUGCAGGACGGAGAUGCCCAGGAGACGACGGGCGUGUCUGUGGACGCUGGUGGUCACUGAGUUUCUCCGCCACGCUGCUCCUCCCACUUCCUGUCCGAUGAGAACCUGAUGGAGUCAAUCAUAUUUGGUCACCAAUCAGAUCAGAGAUGAAACAACAAGUUAAAGUUGGAUUCUGUGUUCUGGUUCUGGCGGUGGAAACAUUCUUAAAAAGAGAAAAAGAAACAGGAAAUAUUGGCUCCAGAGACCCUACUUCAGGAUGUCAGUAUUAUUAUUAAAAAGAUUAUCCUGAUCCCUUCAGAGUUUACUUCAGGAUGUCAGUAUUAUUAUUAAAAAGAUUAUCCUGAUCCCUUCAGAGUUUACUUCAGGAUGCGGCUCACUUUGAUAGAGAUCCUGGAGACACAGAUUAAAAAUUAACCGAUUGAUCCGGACCAGAGGCUGGCAGUUUGUAAAAAAACAUUUAACUAACUAACUAACUAGCUUUAUCAUAUAUAGGACUUCAUUCUGGAAAUGUUAUGGGAGUGGUUGGGUUUGUUUGUUUUCCUUGUCCUCUGUGUCUGUCCAAGUUGCUGGAGUGGAUGAAAGUAGGUCAAGGGGCGUGGCCGGGCGAUCCACCUACCUGCACGGCUGCUGGCUUUCCUGCAAUCUCUUUCUGCUCAGCUGUUGCUGAUUCUCUCAUCACGGCUGCAGUAUUUAGACCUGGUUGGAACCUGUCUUCGGCGCCAGAUUGUUUACAGCUACCAAAGUGACCUACACCACUCAACCUGUGCCUACGACUGCUGUGCCGCCAGCCUUUCGCUCCUCAACCUUUUCAUCUCCUCGUUUGGAUCCCUGCGAGAGUUGUUUUUGGACACGCCACGCUCUGCCCACGCCACUCCAGUCCUGUCUCCUCCACCAGCGCAGCUGACUGUCUCAGGCUGCUGAGUUUUUGUUUAUGACAUUCAUUAAAGACAUUCUACACGUUUUCCUCCGUGUCUGUGUGUGAUACUCCGUGUUCUGGGUUUUAGCCACAGCCAUAACAGGAAACAGCUUUUCCUGGAAGUAUUACAACUUUAUUCUGAAGAUAUUACAACUUCAGUCUGAAUAUUUUACAACUUAAAGAUAUAAUCAAAUAACUUGUGUACGUAACUUUGCUGGCACAUUAUUUUAGGUUUCUGUCAGCUAAACUUAACUGUUGAUCUUUUGUCAGCUAAACUUUUAACUUUCAAGAGGUUUCUGGGUGAUCUUGUUUUCAGAAAUGUAUUUUCAUUUACAUUAGCAUUUUUAAUACUAAUGUUACGAAAACUAACAUUAGUAUUAAAGACAUAUAAAGUUAUCAUAAACACUAACCUAAGCUUGUUUUACUCAUUGUUGAAUAUUCUUGAUGAUGAUGAUGAUGAUUGAACUCUAAAUAAAGUGUAACUGAAAAUGAAAGAA